AUGCAGCUGGUAUUGAACUGCACGCAGCAGGUAUUGAACUACAUACAGCUGGUAUUGACCCACAUGCAGCUGGUAUUGAUCUACAUGCAGCUGGUUUUGAACUACAUGCAGCUGGUAUUGAGCUACAUGCAGCUGGAAUUGAACUACAUGCAGCUGGUUUUGAACUACCUGCAGCAGGUUCUACAUGCAGCAGAGAUGGACGAAGAUAAGGUGCAGGAUGGAGGAUGGGGGUGGAUGAUUGUCUUCGGAGCGUUCAUGGUUCAUGUGAUCAUGGGAGGAUUCGAUCGGUCCAGUGGCGUGUUUUACCUGCAGUUUAAAGAGAAGUUCAACCGCUCGGCCACCGAAACUGCCUGGGCACUCUCACUGUUCUCAACACUAAGGCAUGCCAUGGAAAUGGGCUCGGUGAUCUGUACCCUGGGUGUGCUGAUAUCGGCCUUCAUGCCCGACCUGCCUUAUCUAUACCUGACGUACGGGGUACUAGGGGGAGUGGGCAGGGCCUUCGUGUAUGCCCCCAGUCUCAUCAUGGUUGGCUACUACUUCAACAAACGAAGAGGUGUAGCGGUUGGUUUGGCCACCUCCGGAAUAGGGGUCGGCUGUUUCGUGUUUCCUCCAGUGGUAGAGAUCAUGUUUAACCAUUACGGCUUUCAAGGAACGUUCCUCAUACUGGCCGGAGUCAUGAGUAACUUUUUUGUUUGCGGCGCUUUGUUUAGGUCUCUGGAGAUGCAGAAGCAAAUUAUCAAAACAGACAGAAUCAAAAAGAUGCUGGCGGAAAAUCCAACAAAAAGACACUUGUUACCAGUUGCCAUGGUAACACUAAAACAGAAUUCUCAGCCAUCCCAGUCAGCUGGGGGUAAACCAAAGACAAAGAAAGAAAAGAAACCUCUCUUGGAGCUUUCACUUUUCAAAAACUUUGGUUUCACAUGUUUGUGUAUACAGUUGUUUUUAUACAUUUUAUCUUUCAAUUUGACGUUUGUAUUCUUGCCAGCGUUAGCAAAAGACAAAGGUAUACCUCAACUUGAUGGUGCAAUGUUGGUGUCAAUCUUGGGCAUUUUUGACGCCAUUGCUAGAGUAGUAAUGUCAACAGUGCUUGAUCUAAAGAGAGUUAAACCUUACCGGCUUAUAAUCUACAAUGCUGUCAUGUUUGGAAACGCCGCAGUCGCCAUUCUGAUUCCAUCAAUGACCCAAUUCUGGCACUUUGCGAUGAUGAGUGGAUUGUUCGGCUUUUUGUCAGGAACUUACAUCUCACAGAAGUCGGUCGUGGUGGUGGACGUUCUUGGGGUCAAAUCUUUAUCAAGUUCCUUUGGACUACUGCUCCUCUUUCAGGGCUUAAGUGCUUUUAUUGGACCAACUGUUGGAGGUUUCAUCAAGGAUAUGCUCGGAAGCUACGACAUGGCGUUCUAUUUUGGAUCGAUCGGUAUCAUUCUCGGAGGUCUAACGAUGGCUGUGGGAAAUGUGUGGAUAUAUCGCCAGAAACGCAGGCAACGAGAAGCCGAUAAACAGACAACGGACACAUAA